CGCACUACGAGAUCAAGUGUGGGAGUGUGUGUGUUUGUUUGUGUGUCUUAGGGAGAGGGGGGAGAGGCUCGCUGGAUCACCACUGUAUUGUGAAGCCAGCGUGUGUGAUCUGUAGUAACGCAGAGGGAGGAAGAGGAGAGUGUUGGCUCCAGAGGAGUGACAGGAAAAGUCCUGAGAAGAAGAAAGAGUGUUGGGAGGAAGGUUAAAGGGACUGAGAGAAGCCCCUCACCACCUUUCCUCAAAGAGCAGGAGGUGAACGGCCGGUAAGCAAAUAUUAAUAGCACCAUCCCUGCGUUGAUCAGAUAGAGCUUAUCCUGGAUCCACGGAUACACAUUCAGCCGCACAUGCUCAUCACUCCUGCCAGACGUGAGGGCCACGCUGUGACAGCCAGAGGGAGCGGAGGAGAGAACAAGACGACAAUUGCACCAGCGGGGAUUUUCCCUUUUUGAAAUAAAAGGCAUCACUGGAUUUCUUUUUUGUUUUCUUUGAAAACCCUGAAAUCAGAGUCCUGACCUUUUCAAGCCCCCCCUCUCCCCAAGGAGCAAAGAUGAGCUGCAGGAAAAGGUGCAAGCGAGAGAUCUUCAAGUUCGCACAGUACCUGUUCAGACUCAUCACGGGCACGCUCAACACCGAUAGCGUUGAAGAUGAGCUUGAACUAUCCGCAGUUCGCCAUCGUCCCGAGGGCCUGGAGCAGCUCGAAGCCCAGACACGUUUCUCCCGCAAGGAGCUGCAGAUCCUUUACCGCGGCUUCAAGAACGAAUGUCCCAGCGGAGUCGUCAACGAAGACACGUUCAAAGACAUCUACUCGCAGUUCUUCCCACAAGGAGAUGCUUCAACGUACGCACAUUUCCUGUUCAAUGCAUUUGACACGGAUCACAACGGCUCUGUUAGUUUUGAGGAUUUCGUCAUGGGCCUCUCUAUCCUUUUGCGAGGCACCGUCCAAGAAAAACUCAACUGGGCUUUCAAUCUCUAUGAUAUCAAUAAAGACGGAUAUAUCACCAAAGAGGAAAUGCUGGACAUCAUGAAGGCCAUCUACGACAUGAUGGGAAAAUGCACAUACCCCAUCCUCAAGGAGGAGACGCCUCGUCAGCAUGUGGAAGUUUUCUUUCAGAAGAUGGAUAAGAAUAAAGACGGAGUGGUAACCAUAGACGAGUUCAUCGACUGCUGCCAAAAUGAUGAAAACAUCAUGAGAUCAAUGCACCUCUUUGAAAAUGUUCUCUAGCUUUCGGCCGAGCGUCGGAGAAGAACACCAUCUUUAGCUCGGCCCAAUAACUGACUUGGACUCGUACUGUGUACAGUGUGCUAUGCAGACUUUUGAUCAUAGACUAAACUAUUGUUCGUCGCGGUGGGCCACGGGCAGGAGCUCGUGAACACUCUGGAAUCAGUUGCCUUUCCAACGCGAUAUUGGAAAAAUUCAAGACGAAAAAUAAAGUCUUCUGCAGCUACGGUUAAAAUUCAACUUCAAGGUUUAUUUCCACCAUCUGUCUCCGGAGUCGUCUUUUUCUUUCUAUUCACCGGCGUCUGUAAACUGUGUUAGCCUUCAAUAUUAUAAACACACUGGGAAUAAGGAGGGUCUGGGGUUUGUUUUGUUUUUUUCAUCCUUCGCAGCUUUGACUUGUUUUAUGUCCUGCCAAGUGAAAUCACUGUGACUUUUAACAGCAUCACGAGAAAAACAAAAGAAAACACACAGGAAAUCAUAUUUCAACAUUCCAGACUGGUGUUUGAUUCCAGAGUGUUCCUUUGUGGUCUCGUUUUUUUUGCUCUUUUGAAGGACGCAUUUAGAGAAAAAACACACACCAUGUACCAUUUCAAAUUGUAUAUACUACAGGUGAAGUUAAAUAUAUAUAUAUAUAUAUACACGAACUCUAUGAGAAACUUAGUUCAUGUUUACUUGCCAACGAGGAUGAGACAACACAAGGAUAUUGAUGUCAAAAUCGGACCAUGACACGGACGGUUUGUCCACAGAAGCACACAGGUAGCUGCAUUAGGCGUUUCUCUCUGAUCAUGAAAUAAAUGCUGCUUUCAGUGUAUUUCAUUGAACCCUGUGUAUGUAUAUGAUCUGUAAAGUAAACCAUCUAUCAGUAGGUUUUUUUCUUUUUAGUUUUGGAAGCACUGUUGAGGAGUUAACACUAAGGAGUGUUCGGUUAUUUAUAUGGUGUUUUGGUAGUUGUAUAAAAACACUGUCAGUUGUACAGAAUUAAAAUGAACAUUCACUUUUAGACCUGUUCAUAAAAUUCACUGUUAGAAAAACUGCAGGUGGUUUGGUUCGUCGGUACAAACUUUGGAUUAUACUCGUCAUGUUCGGGUUCCUGCUGCUUUCCAACUCUCGAGUCCAGCUGCCCCGCAUCCACUCAGCCUGAUUGGUCCCUGCUGCCUUUGAUUAAAGCAUUGAUUGGCCGCAAAUGUGUGCAAAACACAAGGCAAGCUGGGUAGGAGUUCACUGACUGCGUCUCGCUCAUUGGAAACUACUGAAUCACUGACAAGUUAUGUCAUUGAUGAUAGAUCGGACCUUCUUUGACAGUGGGUUGUCCAGCUCUGGCAGCGAAACCUGAAAAACACAAUCUCAAGG